AUGACUGUCGGGGGGAAGUUAAUUGUCCUUCAUGAUUACGAGCCGCAGCAGGUCGAUGAGCUUUCCAUGAAAAAGGGAGACUUGAUUCUUCUCAAAGAAGAAAUUGAGGAUGGUUGGGCCAUUGGAGUCAAAAUUAAAAGAAAUGGAGAGGAAUACGGUCCAACGAAUUGCUUCCCGACAAACUUCACAAAGCCAUACACUGGCGGCGUAUCAGACGAAACAGAAGGUAGCAUCAAAAGUGACUCUGAAACAUUGACAUUGACAAGCCAAUCAGAAUCUGGGGACGAGGAUCUCUCUCUUUCAGAAGACGAUACGGAGGGUAUAAGUGAAGCUAAUUUUGCACCCCCGGAACAGGAUAAAAAUCAGAUCAAACGAAGCUCGGGCGCUUGGACGGGCUCUCUCACGUCCAUCUUACGAAAUCCAAGCCCAGAUCGAAAGGGUGCAAAUCGUCUAAGCGUCGCAGAUGACAAGGCGAAACCAAAGGAUCCAACAAAUCGUGUUCCGAAACCCUUUUCACCUCUCGUUACUGAAGAAACACGAGGCAGAUCUACAGAAAAGAAGUCAUCUCAAGACAAGAAACGAUUCGUAUCAUCAGUGACGAUUCCGUCACUGUCCCCAGAAAGAAAGCCGUCCCUCCCCGAGGAACGAAAGCCAGCGAACCCUCCGCCAGCUCAAAAAACUGUUUCUAUUUCUCGAUCUGAAGAAUCCAUGCCGUCACGUCGCGAGACGCGGACUCCAUCACCAGAUCGACGUGAUCAAGAUCAUUUUUACAAUGACGACGAGUACUUCCGAGAUCAGGGUCGAGUAGCAAGCCCAUCACUUCCGAGUAAGCCGCCAGUGACGCCAGCGAUGAAGAUGGAAGAAUUGAACCAGUAUUAUGAGUUUGCUGAAGAUGAUUCAAUUCUUGAAGACUUUGAAGAGGUCGAUGAAAAUUUUCACCUAGACGAGACGAAUUCCUUUCAUUUUCGCGAUCAGUACGUUCCAGACGAUUAUGAAGAGUACAAUUCCGAAGGAGAAGAAUAUCCAAUGGACGAGAUCGAGCAGUACGAAUACGAAAUGAAUCAAGCUCAUUACGAGGAAGAAUACGACGAUGAGUAUGCUGACGAGAUCGAGCCACUUCCAGACUUACAAUAUCGACGCAGCAGCAAUAACAACAACACUUAUCGGUCAGAGCCCGAUUAUUCUGAGCUCUCCCGACGAGGACUUACUACCAAAAGCGAUGCGAUAACAGAAUAUGAAAACCGCAAAAUUAUCAAAGAACCCGGUCCUCGCUGGGCGAAACCGGUCAUCGAAGGCCACAAAGGGUCAGUUCCAGCAAAGUGGGGCAAGCCUGUGAUGGAGGAAAUGACUUUUCCUUGGAAUAAGAAGGACGCCAAGAAUCCUAAAACGAAGGGCCAUGGAUUUCAGAAAAAUGACCAUGUCCACAAGCUCCCAAGCUGGAUCUCAGAAAAAGGCAAACCGAAGCGAAUCAUUGCCCCGCUGCCAAAAUCGCAAAAACCGAUCUACAAGAUACCCGACAAGCCUGUCAGGAGAUCCGAGCCAGUAAUCCCACGAAGACCAACCCAGUAUGUGCCAAAUCGAUCAGUUCAUUCCACAGUCAACAGAUCCACUUUGAAAUCGAAUCGUUCGACUGGAACAAUCGUAGACAAGUCGGCCAAGAUCGACCCGAGUCAGUUCACAGGAAUAAAAUUCAUUCGUAAAAAUGGAAAGCUUUACAUUCCUCGUCAUCUCAAAGAAGAGUUCGCUCGACAAAAAGCGAUUCAAACGAUGGACCCGAGAAGGCGUCUAGUUUCUGAUUCAACGAUGAGAUCAAUGAAGUCAAUUCAGUCCCAAGGAGAGCUGCCAAAAAGCUCAACUCCAAAGAAGAAAAUUGAUCCUUCAAAGCCCAUGUCAAGGGCGGAGAAAAUUGAGUUUGUGAAACAGCAAACCGAGCUAGCCAAAAAAGUAGCGCUUCGUCCUCAUCUAGCAGAAUCAGAUGUUUUGGCCGCGAUUCUUGAUCUGAACGACAAGCCCCCAGAGGCCGUGGCACCUAAAAAAGCGGCAACGCCAUCUGAUGACGCCGCUCUUCAAAAUCAUCCAAUCUUCCAGCUCUAUCCCUUAUCCGCAGCGUGUCGAGCAAAGCUCGUGGAAAUCGAGCUUUCGAACCCGACCAUUCUCUACUCUCAGACAUUUUACUCCAUCGGUCACUUACUCAACACACACAAAGAAACACUGUCCAUGGCUGACUGCAACUCAAUUAUCGCCAGCAUUAUCGUUAUGAGACUUGUCUUGGCCGCAAUACUUCGCGCUAGCGAAUGUGGCGCUUCAAACGGAAAUACUUCCAAACCAGAUUCACUUCUUUCGUCAGAGCUAACCACCGUCCACGCUUUCAAAGAAAUCUUGCCGAAUUUUCUCAGCCCUCCCUCGAAAAAAGACUUCCAACGGCUCUCCCUUCCUACUCGAAAGUUCUUGGCAGACAAGAGUCUUUCCGAUUUGAAAAAGCUCACGUGCGUCGCGGACCAGAAACAAUUCCGCAACGCCUUGCGAAAAUCGAUGAAUGCUGAAAAUAUGACAUUUGGUGAACAAGCGAAGCUAGAGUUACUCUUUCAAAAUAUUUCGCUCGAGAUGCUAGAAGAAUCCGCACAAAGACUCAAAAAGGAGUUCCGUCUCGAGUUCAACAAGCCUAAAGGAGUGAAACCGAAGACGUUCCACUUGAACAAGGGAGAAAUUGACAAACUCGUCGCUCAGCAGAUGCUCAAAUGCAUGCAGAACAGCUAA